UUUAAACGAAUACUUUUAUAAAAUACAAUCGAUAUUGUAUUGUUUGUAUUGCGUCUUUAUAUUUUGGACAAUAUGAAUUUAAUUGAAAGUUGCUGGUGAUGAGUGCAUCCCUGUUGACAAUGAUACAUAAAUAGUGAAUUUCAGGAAUAUAUGUGAAUUUUUUCUGGAAAACUUUCAAACAUGUUAAACAUAGUUGAUCUUCCUGAUAUUGUGCUGGAAACUAUUUUAUCUAACCUCACCUAUGAUGAAAUUUCUAAAUACAGAAUUAUAUGUAAGCGAUUUGAUCGAAUUUGUAGAAAACUACUAAAUCGUGGCUUUAAUCUUAUGGAAAAAUAUCAUGCUCAAUGUCUGCGUGCAGUCAAAAGUCAAUUACCACGCAGAGAAUCAGAACGAAGAAGUCAUCCUUUAGCACGUCAUUGCGAUAUAUUAACAGCAAUAGAAACAAGAAUAUCAAUGUUAUCAAUGACUUUUAUCAAAUAUGUGGACUUAAACUUAUGCUGUUUUAUUCCCGGAAAAGUAAUCGAUGAAAUUUUUCGUGUUCUCCGUUUAAUUCGUGACUCGAAAACACCACCCAGGGCACAUGAAAUAUUGCAAGAAUUACGUGAUAUUAGUAGUAUGGCUAUGGAACAUUUUGAUGAAAAAAUUUUACCAGAUUUAAAACAUAGUAUUUGUACAUCCGUUGUUAGUAAUGUGGGCUCUUACGAACUUCCUGGUGGAAGCUUAAUGAUUUCGCAUCAUACCGCAAGCUCGAAUAGUGCUUCACUAUCACAUAGUUAUAGUACAGAGAAACUAAAUCAAACAUUUAAGAAAAUUUAUAGUCGUACCAAAAGAAAUAAAUUUUCUGUAAUGUAUGCAAAAUUUGAAAUAACUAAAAUGAAGUUGAGAAUGAAAAAACAAUUGAUUCAAAUGAGAGUCCAAAAUUUAAAACUUCAAAAACAAGCGAAGAAAAUUAAUGACCAAGAUAUGCAGUUGGCAGAAAUGAAAAAGCAUUUGGAAGAAUGGGAACAAAAAAUGGGCGAUUUAACUGCUGAAUUGAGUAGGGCAAGAGAAGAAACACAGAAGCCUGAUUCAAUAGAUUCUUGCAAAAGAAAACAUAUUGAUAUCUGCAAUCAACGUGACUCAGACUCUCUUCAAACAAAGGAAUUGGAAGCUAAAAAGCGUAAAUUAAUUGUAGAAAGAAAACCAUCGAAUGAUGCAAAAGAUGUGAAAUUUAAAAAGUUUAUAUCAGGUCUUCUUGCAGGAAAUGCACUAGAGGGAUAUCCAUCUACUUCGUAUUAAAAUAUUUUUUGUAGAUAGUCAGGUCUUGUUCGAAGGCAUAUUUUUUUGCAAUAUUGUUACCUUUAUACUGUGCAUUUGGGGGGAAUUAUUAUUUAAUGAAUAUAAUUUAUGAAUUAAAUUUAUAUACAUAUUUACAAAUUAUACAAAUUUGUUGAAAGUAGAUAGUACAGUAUUUCAUAAAUUUAAUCAUAUCUCAGAGAUAUUCAAAUAUCGCGUAUUAAUACAAAAAAAAAAAAAAAAAUUUAAUCCUUCUAUACUACAUUCCUGGCAUAGAAUUAAUAUUGUUAUAGAUCAGAUCAAUAGUAAUCAUAUUCCUUUUUUUGAAAAGUAAAAAUGUGAUAUAAAUUGUAUUAUAUAGAAAAAAAAUUGGAUGGACUAUAGAUAACUUUAACAUAGAUGUAAGGAAUAAAUGUACAUUUAAACUUUAAACAAAAAUUAUAAGGUUCCAUGCUGAGAUAAAAUUCAUAUUAGGUAUAGAAUCUUUUAUAAAAAAUUAUUCAUCAUAAAUUAUUUAUAAAUUAAAUUUAGCUUAACUCAACUUGAAAUUAGUCAUUAUAUACUUUCCUCUGAAUCUGAGUAAUCUUUCUGCAACAGUAAUUCUUCGUUAAAUUCUUCUGAAUUUUUUCUGUUAACAAAUAGAGAAUUUGAUGACUUCUUAUACAAUAUUGCAUGUGCACUUUGUAAAUAGCUUUGCUGUUUCUUUUUUAUCUGUUCACGAGCAUUGAAUUUUCCAACUUCUGGUAAGACAAAAUUAUAAAUCAUAUCUGCUAUCAUUUCUUCUUCUGCAAGAUCUGUCAUACUAACAGUUUUAUUUAACAUUAGUAAAUUAGUAUUUGCUGAUAUACAUAUAUACAUACUUCAUAUUUGAUUAUAUAUAGUAUUAAUAUUUAAAUUAUACUGAUGAAUAAUAAAAUUGUGUGGUAA